CACAAAAACGCAUAUGGCAACCCUAAAUAGGUGAAUGAAGGAAUUUUGAAGAAAUAGAAAGAAGUCACUAAUUUAUGCGAGACAGCGUCUUUAUUUUGAGAUUCAAUUGCUUAACUAUUUGUGAUAGUUUCGAAAUAAUACGCGGUGCCCUUGUACAACAAAUCUAAGUUGGUGUACAGGGUCUAAAUUUUAAAAUUAUAAAUUGUAACCAAGUGAUCGUAGGUAAGCAUCAUUUCUAUUGCAACUAGUGACGUAGGUAAACGAUUUAAAGUGCACUAUUAAAAUUGUGAAGUGUAAUUUAAACUCCAAAAUGGGUGAUCAACAAUUUUUCCUGAAAUGGAAUGACUUCCAGACGAAUAUGGUUACAUCUUUUAGGCAUUUGAGAGAUGAGAAGAGCUUUACAGACGUGACGUUAGCGUGUGAAGGCCAAACGUGUAAGGCACAUAAAAUGGUCCUGUCUGCGUGUAGUCCAUACUUCAAAAGCUUAUUAGAGGAGAAUCCAUCAAAGCACCCGAUAAUAAUCCUGAAGGAUGUGUCGUACCUCCACCUGCAAGCUAUACUGGAGUUCAUGUACGCCGGGGAAGUCAAUGUCUCCCAAGAACAGCUGCCCGCUUUCCUCAAGACAGCCGCCCGGCUUAAGGUGAAAGGUCUCGCCGAACCUCCACCACAGAUGCCAAGCAUCAAGCGGGAAGGCUAGCCCUAGUGCAAGCAAGUGCAAAGACUAUAGUGACCUAUGUAUCACCUACACACAUAUAACAUUACUCACACACACACGUCUCACACACACGUUACAUAUUCACUCACAUGUUUGUUAUGAGAGCUGGGAAUGAUACAGGAUGUGGUAAAAUGAAAUGUUACUUGUAGUUGUUGGUUUCGGGGUAUGAAAGUGAAAGUUGUGUUUUUCUAUGGAAACUGCUAAUUUAUGCUAAGUUCUUUUGUUCAGUAUAGAGUUUGUUUGGAGUCAUAUCCUAACUAGCAACUGCAUUGUCAUACAUUUUUCGUUACACCUUGUAUAAUGCACUGAGUUUGUAAGAUUUUAGAACUUAUAUUCACGUAAGUGAAAGAGAUGGAGAUAAUAUUAUUAUGUAAAGCGUCAUCUCUUUCCUUCAUUGACAACAAACAUGUUAUAAUAGAUCUUAUUAGAGUAAAGUUGAUAAUAAUCCUUUUAAUGAUAAAAUCUUGCUUCCUCAGUGCUUUAGCAUUUCCAGUUUCAUAUUAAAAGUGCCUGUUAAUGUAUUAACUGCAAAAUAUAUUCUGGAACUUUCCAAUUUGACUUAAAAACAGAUUUACCUAAGUAGGUAUCAUUUGUUUUACAACAUUUUGACAAAUACACAAUCUCUGUGUUAUUAGAUGGUUAAAGUAAACAAAUGUGACUUGUUUUACUAAAAAAAAAUAUUAUUAACUUCUUUUGGGUGACCAGACUGUAAAAUCUUGCCAAAAUCUAUCCAAAUACAAUUCUUUUUUCUUUUGCCACUUAGAGUUGUGCCUUAACUAAUAAAUUAGUGGUUUUGUGCCUACAAAUAUUUAAACAAACAUGUGAGUGAAUAUUAACUAAAAAAUUGUAAUUUGAAUAGUAACAAAAUAAAUUCCAUACACAACACUAACUUUCAACCAGUGUUGUCAAUGACAAAAAAAUGCAAUAAAUAAAAUAUAUAUUUACAUAGAUAAUUAUAGUACAGAUUAUAAUAAAAUUCAGCCAAUGUUUGUGCCAACAUUUGACUCAUAAGAAUAGGUUUAUCAUAGUAAUAAUAAAAAUGUUGGCAAAACUAUUGGCGUUGGCCAACCAAUGUUUUAAAUUGCCCGUCUUAAAUAAAUUCCUUUU